CUUUUCAGUCUCUCCGGUCCCUUCGUCCGUCCUUGUCCUUUUCUCGUGAAAAUUCUUUUUCUCAAUUUUUGAAAUCGUUAUUUAAAAAAAAAAAAAUUCAAAAAAUCACCAGGAGACUCGAAAAAAAACAACCAAUCAUGGACGAAGCCGAGAGAAAUAAUUAAAAAAAUUUCUUUUUCGAAACAUCAACAAAAAAAACAAAACCGAUGACACAAAACUCUUGUUGUGAUCUUCUACCAAGAACUCCUAAAAUUGAGGAAAACUUCUUCGGAGAGCCUGGUAGUGAAGAUCGAGAAGAAUUAACCAAACUUAUCAUCAUCCUAAUCAGGGACCAAUAUCAAUUAUUAUUAAUAAAUAAAAAAACUAGAAUAUGUCAACGGAAAUUGUCACGGUGACCGAAAUGAAGAAUCAUUCCAGGAAGAUUGGCGAACAAAAGGAUGCGAGUACAGCUCAAAGAAGAUGGCGCCUUCUUGCAAGAGCGUUAAGUCGUUCUCCAGAGCUAUUCCCUGAAAUUGAGUACAAUGAUGAUAUUUCAGUGAGACGUUUCACAACAUUCAAUCUAUUGAGACCGUUAAUUCUUGAAAAUGUUGCCGAUCCCGAAUCUUCCUGGUAUGAAUAUUCAACGAUAAUUGACAAUGAUUUAUUUAAUGUGCAAAUAAGGAAGGUUAAUAAAAAUUUCACCGCCAAUGAAUUGAUUGGCUUCAAUAAUACAGGCAAUGUUUGUGUCUGGCCAUCGGAGGAAUGUUUGGGUUAUUAUUUAUUGAAGAAUCGAAUGAUCUGCAGGAAUAAAGUUGUAUUGGAAUUGGGUGGUGGAAUGAGUUGUUUGGCUGGUGUACUCGUGGCCAAAUACUGCAAUCCAAGUGGUGUCACACUCACGGACGGAAACGUGACCAGCGUUGAUAAUGUCAGAUGCAUCGUUGCCAGAAACAGCAUGGCAGAUUUCGUAAGGUGCGGCGUUGUGCAAUGGGCCAGGGCCGCCAAUGCGCUUAGGCAAAACGGAAACAAUGGAAAUCGAAUUCAGUCUUGGGACGCAGAGGCUGUGGAUGAAUCGAGAAGAACUGACGGUCUCUACGACAUUAUUCUCAGUGCCGAUUGUCUAUUUUUCGAUGACGCCCGUCUUGACCUGGUGGAGACAAUUUACGGAUGGCUGGCCGAUGAUGGAAUUGCUCUAGUAAUGGCACCAAGAAGAGGUACAACAUUCCAAAGAUUUGCCGAAGCGGCCCUCAAACGGGGCUUUCUGGCUCGUCAAACCGAACACUACGACGCUAAAGUUUGGUCCAGACACUUGGAACUUCUCGAGAAUAAUCACGAAUACUGUCCGGAUUUGCACUUUCCCAUUCUCCUCGAACUCACCAAACAAAAGAACACUCCUCCAGGAUGAUUCUCUUAAAAAAAAAAAAAAAAAAAAAAAAAAAUUUCUUCAUAAUUCCUUCAAUAUUCCAAUAAUAUUGAAAAUUUAAUAACUUUUGGGAAAAUCUUUGCCAAAUCUUCAAAGAUCUGGAAAAGAACGCUUUUAAAAAAUCUGUUUUUCAAAAAAAAAUUCGUGACAAACGCGACCUUUACUUUAGAAAACAGAAUUUUUUUUUUGUAAAUCCUUACUUUUUCGAAAAAAAUUUGAUCUACAAUUUGGGUCAAUUCUAAUUUUCAAGUCUCAAUUUUCUUUUUAGUGAGACUUUAAAUUUGUCAACAUCUUCCUUUUUAGUUUGUUGUGAAGCUGAAAAUUUUGUUUUUAAGAGCAAAAAUUGUGAAAUAAUUUCUUUUUUUCUCUCUUUUAGUAACUUGCGAGAUAUAAUUUUGGAUUUUUUUUUAAUCCAGAAAAAUUGUGAUCUAGUGUUUAAUAAACUAGAUUUUAUUUUUUUCCCUAUGCUCCAGAGUAUUUGUGAGUAAUAGUGCUGAUUUGUAAACUUAAGGACUAUUAAUGAAUGGAUAGAAAAAGUUGUUGGUAUUUUAGGACCAAACUAUUAUUAUUAUUCACCACAAAGCUGAAUUUCAAAGACAUCAAUUUUCUUUCUUUGCGACUAUUUAAAUAUUUGUAAUUUUUACUCUUCUUUAGAAAAGGGAACAUUUUCUAAUUAGGAAAAAAAUUUCCUUAAAAUUUUUUUUUCUAUAUAGAUUGUGACAUUUGAACGUAAACUUUAAGAAGAAGGUAUUUUUCAACACUUAGGAUCUAAACAGAUUUAAAACAUUUUGUAAUUAGAAAAAACAUUUCAUUAAAAAAAAAAUUUUUUUUCUUUGGAAAUUCUAUAUAGAUUGUGACAUUUGAAUGUGAAAUUUAAUAGAAAGAUAUUUUUGAACCCUUUGGAUCUAAACAUAUUUAAAACAUUUGAACAUUUUCUAAUUAGAAUUUAUAAUAAAAAAAAUUGAAGAAAUUUUUUUUUCAUUGUAAAUUUUAUAUAAAUUAUGACAUUUGAACCUAAACUUUAAGAAAAACGUAUUUUUGAACCCUCAGGAUCCUAAACAGAUGUAAAACAUUUUCUAAUUAGAAAAAACAUUUCAUUAAUUUUUUUUUUUUUUUUUUUUUUAAAUUGUAAAUUUUGUGACAUUUGAACGUGAACUUUAAAGAGAAAGGUAUUUUCGAACCCUCAGGAUCUAAAGAGAUUGCGACACGUAUUCUUAUAUAUUAUAAAAAGCUCAGCAAAGACUUGAUGAGAAGGAAAGGAAAGUGUCUCCUCAAUUUAAAAAAAAAGAACGGAGCAACACACGAUAUUUUUAGGAAAAGCCACUUACUUCCAAUGUUCUAUUAAAUCCUAGUCAAGGUCAUUUAUUGACAUGGUUCCAUUUGACAUGGUUCCAUCAUGUGCCAGGAAGAGAUCGCCUGCUACUAACUUCACUCUAUCGAUUAAUUUCCUCCCUUUAGAAAAGUAUUAUUUUCUCAAAUUUGACAACUUUUUUGUCAAUUUUUCUAUUUCAAAUUAAAAAAAAAAAAAAAAAAAAAAAAAAAAAAAAA